UCUCCCCUCACCAUCCCCUGCAAUGGGAAGGACAGAGGAGAGCACUGCCUGUGCUCCUGCUCCCUUUCCCACUCACCCCAAGGCUCUGAGGUCUCUCCAGAUCCCUUGGAUUUCUUCCUGCACCUUCAUCCUCCAGCCCCAAUGAAUCAUCCUCCUCGUUGUUGUUCCACUGGCAGAGCCUGGCACCGGUUCUCCCUGGGCACUGGGGGAGCCAGGGUGGCCACAGAGGGGACACCCCUACUGUGCUAGGUGGGAAUGUGGCACUGUGCCACCUGUCCCUGGGGGUCAGCCAGGUGGAGAGAGAGCAGAGUGGUGUGUACCCAGUGAGAGCUCUCCUUGGGAAAAUCAAGGAAGAAACUUCAGGACUCAGGACAGUUGCAGAGCCCUGAGAGCAGCCGUGGCUGGAGCACCCGGAGCCAGGGAAGGCGUGGGGUCAGUGGGGACAGGGCUGGGCUCCCCAGCAGGGCAGCUCCUGCAGCACAAGGACUGGCUGGGUCCCAGCCUCUGUUGGCUGCAGGGUGGGAGCUGGGAUGGGGCCGGGGCACCGUGGGCAGCCAGAGCCACCUCCUGGGGCUCUGAGGGGGCUGGGGCUGUUGGAGAGACCAGGCAGGUUGUUCCAUGGGGCAGCAGAAGGGAGAGGAGCCAGGGCCUGUGGGGCGAUGGCUGGUGCAGUGAAAGUGAUUCAGGGCGAGCACCCCAGGGUCUUGCUGCCUCCCCUGUCCCAGGACCUUUCCAGAGGGGCUGAGGUUUCUCCCAGGAGAAAUCCAUCCUGCAGAUGGGCUGCUGAGGUGGCAUCCAGGGAUGGGUGACAGAGAUCUUCCCUUGGGACCAGGCUGUUCCCACAUGGGCUGUUGCUCUCUCUGCUCCCAACACUGAGCGCUUGCCACACUGGGAGCAGAUAAAAACCCUUUAAAAAUGUUCUGAAUAGUUGCAUCCCUGCAGAUGAAUGCUGUAUUUUUAAGGAAUAAACAUUUUUUAUGGGCAAAUCUUGGCGCUGCUGCUUUCUUUGUCAUUCCAGCCCAAACUAUUCCAUUAUCAUGGGCCAGGAGCCCGGCUGUGGCCCCCAAAGGGCUAUGGGCAUGUUAACUGGCAAGGAAGUGCCAAUUUUGGGUGUUGGUAGAGGUUUGGGAGGCUCUCCCAGGUCUGUAACCCUCUGGAAACAGCCUGAGCUGUAGCUCCACCCCACGAGCUUUGUGAGCUCCUCAACAGCAGAGCUCUGCAGGGACCCUGGAUGUAGAGAGCAUCCAUGUGCCAGACCCUGCCAGACACUCUGUCACGGGGAAGAUGCCAUGGUGGAGCACCAGGCUGAGGUGGGAAUCAUCCCCUGGCCCUCCCCAGCCAGCCCAGGCAGCACGUUCCCAGUUCAGGUUUCACCUGCCAGCACAGCUGAUGCUUCGGGGGUGUCCUGGUUGCCCAUGGAUGGGAGUGGGGAAAGCUGAGGAUGGAGGGGAUUGAGCAAUGAGCAAUCCCUGCCAAGGCUCCGUGUCCAGCGUGGGAAGCGCGGUUCCUUCCACCCAGCCCUGCCCUCUCUCCACACGCUGUUUCUGGCUCUCAUUUCUUUGGCAGAAAAUUCACAUUCUCAUCCCCUCUCUCCUCCCCUCUGUGGCUGUGGCAGCUCCUUUCCAUCACUUCCCCACUUCUCCUCCUGCCUGUGGGCUGGAAGGGCCCCUGGAGCCUUUGAGGAGAUGCUGCUGUGAAAACCAUUGUCCCAAAGGAAGAGCCGGGAGCUCCAGGAGCUGCUGGUGCUGCUGCAAGAGGACACAGGCAAGGUGUGUUUUCCAGAGGACAUUCGGCUCGCUCCGUGUGCCAGGCCCCAGUCCUGGGAUGCAGCCCGUGGCCCUGCAGAGCCUGUCGGAGCUGGAGAGGGCCAGUCUGCAGGAGCUGGCACUGUUCCAGCUGCAGGAGAGGCUGCCCGUGGGGCAUCUCAGUCUGGACAGAGAUGGCUCCAAAGGCAUUAAAUCCAUCCGGCAGAAGCUGGAGAGCUUCUCGAAGGAGAGGAAAGACUGCUCUCCCCACACCUUCGGGGUCCCGCUGCCCCAGGUCAUCGCCAACGACCGCGCCUGCCGGCAGCUGCAGGAGGCCGUGGGCAGGAGCCGGCGGCUCUGCCUGGAGGUGGAGGCCACGGUGACCAGGUUCCGGGCUCAGAGACACAAGAGGCUGGGAAUGGGCACCAGCUGCAUCCGGGCACCUGACAGGGGCUUCCCAGAGGAGCCGCUUUCCCCAGCCCUUGUGGACAAGAGCUCCUGGAGCCAGCGGAGGGGGGCCCUGUGUGUGGAUUCCAUCACAGACCUGAGUGACAACACGUCCGAGCUGCUGGAGGCCCUGCAGCUCUCACACCCCCACGAGCUGGACCCUCGCAGAAGCCGGGGCAAGAAGAAGCCGCUGAGCCUGAACCCCAUCACCUGGCAGGUGCCACGGAUUGUGGACAGGUGCUGCACUCACCUUGAGACGCACGGGCUCCAAACUGUUGGCAUCUUCCGUGUCGGGAGCUCCAAGAAAAGAGUCCAGCAGCUGAGGGAAGAGUUUGACCAAGGGCUGGAUGUUUUCUUGGAUGAGCAUCAAAGUGUUCAUGAUGUGGCUGCCCUGCUCAAAGAGUUUCUCCGGGAUAUGCCCAAUUCCCUGAUUCCCAGAGAGCUCUAUGGAGCCUUCCUCAGCACAGCCACCCUGGAGGGCCCGGCCCAGCUGGACACCCUGCAGCUGCUGCUGUUCCUGCUGCCCCCGUGCCACAGUGACACCCUGCUCCGGCUCCUGCGCUUCCUGGCCGAGGUGGCCCGGCACGCUGAGAGCUCCCGGGACCCCGAGGGCCGCGAGAUUCCUGGGAAUAAAAUGACAGUGUCAAACCUGGCUACAGUCUUUGGUCCCAACAUCCUGCAGAAGGAGAAGCCUGGAGAGAAAGAUGCCGGUGCCCUGAACUUUGAGGACAGCGCUGCCAUAAUCCUGGUGCUCCAGAGGCUGAUUGAGCACCACCACUCCCUGUUCAUGGUGUCUCCAGAGAUGCAAUGCGACGUGCUGAGGAGGCUGUUCCAGACAGACCCCGAUGUCAUCGAGUACCUGCUGCGCAGGAAGUUCCCUGACGUGCCGAGCGCAGAGCGUGAGGAUCCCAGGGAGGACCUCGCUCCGUCCGCGCUGCCCGGCUGGACGCACAGCCUGGAGCGAGGCUCGGUCUCCUCGGAGCUCUACAGCAACGUCUCCUUCCUAAACCUGGAUGUUGGCAUCUAGCGAGCCCUGGCCAGGCUCUCUGGACAAAACCAGGCAGCUUUUCCCACAAAACCCAGCCCUUGCCUCACUUUGGGGGCAGCCCCUGUGCCUGUGCCCUGGGGGCAGAGCUGUACUUGGGGUCACCUGCCGGGCUGGCACCUCCCUGCGGGUCCAACCGCUGCCACGUCCUCAGCACGGCCCUCCCCUGCCACCUCCUUCUCACAGGACCUCGGGGAAUGGAUUGCCAUCCCUAGACCUGCGGGCACUCUUGGGAGGACAGGCUGAGGAAGCUGGGAGUGCUCAGCCUGGAGAAGAGAUGGCUCAGAGGGACCUUAUCCAUGAAUCCAAAUGCUUUUGUAAGGGGCUGGAGGGACAGGACAAGGGGAAUGGCUUCCCACUGCCAGAGGGAGAAAUUGGGAAAUUCAUGGGAUAUUCAGAGGAAUUCUUCGCCGUGAGAGUGGUGAGGCCCUGGCACAGGCAGGGACACCUUCCACUGCACCAGGCUGCUCCAAGCCCCAUCCAGCCUGGCCUUCUGGCCUUGAAUGUUUCCAGGGAUGGGGCAGCCACAGCAGGGCACUUUUGGGGACAAAACAGUACUUCUGCAAACAGUGUUCCAUAUUCCACCACAGCCUGCACCCAGGCCUGGUCUGAAGGCACCCAGACCUUCUCAGGUGCCCUGCUCAGGGCUGGGCUCUUAUUUUGCAAAGGUCCCCCUUCCCUGCAGAUCAGAACAGUUGGGAUGGGUGGGGAAGCAUUUCCCGGAGGAGCCUGUGCUGUGAGAUAGCUGGUGAGACCCCCUGGGAGCUGAUAAGCUCCAGAGAGCAGCAGAGCUGUUGUGUCUGGAGGAGCAGAUAAAUUUGGGACACCAUGAGGCUGUGGAAGGUUCCAGGGGCCACCGGAACACUCGAGUGUCAGCUGUGAAACCAACAUUGUGUCCAGCCACUGCUCUGGGUGGGAUUGUACCUGCUGCAAGAGCUGCCCCCAGCCUUUCAAUUUCCUUCCUAGGGUGGUAAAACACUGGCACAGAUUGCCCAGAGCAGCUGUGGCUGCCCCUGGAUCCCUGGAAGUGUCCAAGGCCAGGCUGGACAGGGCUUGGAGCAGCCUGGGAUGGUGAAAGAUGUCCUUGCCCAUGGCAGGGGGUGGAACGGGAUGGACUUUAAGGUCCCUUCCACCCAAGCCAUUCCGUGAUUCCAUGAUUCUAGGAUGGAACAGGGAUGCUGACACAGGAGGCAGCUCUUUGCAGGAAAAGUCCUGCUGGAUUUCACUUUCCCAGCACCAUAACGGGCACAGGGGGGCACGGGGAGCUCACUGGGAAGUACCGGCUUUCUCUGGCUGCUACAGAGCCAUCACAGUCGCCGUAGGGUGUUUAUCCCUGGCAGUGUUGAUGGGAUAGUGCUGGAAACUCCGCUUGAGGGCAGCCCGGCACCGGCCUGCACGGAGACUCUGCUCCCGCUGCUGGAGCGCUGGGGGCUGGCCCGGAGCUGCUCUAUUCCAGCCUCAAAAAAUAAACCCCCUCCCAGGCAGCUGCACGUCUCAUUCACGGAGCCUUGGCAUUGCUCUGGACCCGCUCCGGAGGGGCUGGCUGGCUUCUGCUCCGGGUUCUGUUUUCAGGGGCUCUUGGCCCCUGCAAGCCUUGGGGCUCAGAAAUGACAGGGAAGGUUCUGCCUUGAUCAUUGCUGAUCCCCAGGGCUGGCAGAGGAGGGGCUGCUGCUGCUGGGGGUGUCUGCUUGAGGGGGGGUUUCUUUUCGGGGCAGUGCUGAAUGUGUGGGGGGAGUCU